CAAAAUGACCGAGGCGAGGUUGACGCUAGUGUCACGUGGAAGUCUCUAGAGGCGACAAGAACGAGGGGCGUACGAGAGAGCAAGUGAGGAAGAUGGACCAAUGAUCUAUAAUUGAACGGCUACAAAGUUUUCUUAUGACAGAUGGACUAGGCGCCCAUUCUGUUCGUCUUUAAUAAGAAGGAAAUAUAUCUAACGAUUGUUUUUAUGGUAUAUAUCUAAAGUGAUUUUUAAUGAUAUAGACCUAAUUUUUCCUAUAAUUUAUGUCUUUAUAGACAUGGUGGUAAUUAUAGCAGCCACACAAUGUACGUAUGUACGACGGAGGGCUAGGCCACGCCAGAUCUCCAAGUCUCCGUGUCAGGUCACCGCAAUCCAAGCCACACAGCUUUCGCCUCCGGCGCUAGGGUUUCGCCUCCCUCCUUGUUCGGUCCGCGAGUGUACCAGGACCAGGUGAUUUCUUCCCCUUUGAUCUGCUGUGACGUGGGAGAUGCCGCCGAAGUCUAAGAGGGGUGGCGCUGCCGCCGCGAGGAAGGCGCCGGUGACGAGGGGCCGGAUGGGGAGGGCGCAGGCUGCGGCGGAAGCGGCGCCGGUUGUGGAGGAGAUGGAGGCGCCUGCUGAGGAGGUGAAGGCCGCCGAGGAGGUCCCGAAGGUGGUGGAGGCACCGAAGGUGGUGGAGGACUCGAAGGUGGUGGAGGAGCCGAAACCCUCGCCUCUGCUGCCGCAACAGCCGGUGGUGGUGGUGGAGAAAGACUCCGAUAUCGCAGCCAACGGUGCCAACCAGGGUGAAGAUGACAGAGCUGCAAAAGAAAUAUAUGAAGAAGAGGACAAAGGUGAACGGCUGGAGUUUGAGGAUGAACCAGAAUAUGAAGAGGAGGCUGCUGUAGACUAUGAUGAGAAAGAUUUGGAGCAGUAUGAAGAGCAAUAUGAGGAUGGUGAUGAAGAGGUGGAGUAUACUGAAGACGUGGUUGAAGUGGAGACAGAUAUGGUGGAUGAGGAACUUGAUGAAGGUGGUGAUGAUGUGGAGGGGGAGGGAUACGAAAAUGCUGACGAAGACCAUCAUGUGGAUGGAGAUGAUGAGGAGCAUAAUGAAAUGGUUAAAGAGCACCGUAAGCGGAAGGAGUUUGAAAUUUUUGUUGGUGGACUAGAUAAAGAUGCAACAGAAAAUGACCUUAUGAAGGUUUUUGGUGAAGUUGGUGAGAUCACUGAAGUUCGUCUGAUGAUGAACCCUGUCACAAAGAAGAAUAAAGGCUUUGCCUUCCUGCGAUAUGCAACUGUAGAGCAAGCAAGGCGUGCUGUUUCAGAGCUAAAGAAUCCACUGGUGCGGGGUAAACAAUGUGGCGUUGCUCCAAGUCAUGACAAUGAUACACUCUUUGUUGGCAAUAUCUGUAAAACAUGGACAAAAGAACAUUUGAAGGAUAAACUGAAGAGUUAUGGUGUCGAAAGUUUUGACGACUUACUACUUGCUGAGGACACUAACAAUCCUGGGAUGAAUCGUGGCUAUGCCUUGCUUGAGUUUUCUACUCGACCUGAGGCAAUGGAUGCUUUCAGGACAUUACAAAAGAGGGAUGUAGUAUUUGGAGUUGAUCGUAGCGCAAAGGUUUCCUUUGCUGAUUCCUACCCUCAAGUCGAUGAUGAAAUAAUGGCACAGGUCAGAACUGUAUUUCUUGAUGGCCUUCCUCCCUCAUGGGAUGAAGACCGUGUUAAGAAAUAUCUCAAAAAGUAUGGAGCUAUUGAGAAAGUCGAACUUGCACGAAACAUGCCAGCUGCCAAGAGAAAGGAUUUUGGGUUUGUUACAUUUGAUACACAUGAUAAUGCUGUUGCAUGUACUGAAGGGAUGAGUAACUCUGAGAUCGGUGAAGGUGAACACAAGGCAAAAGUAAGGGCUAGACUGUCGAGACCAUUGCAGAGACCACCUAGAAUGAAACAUGGAUUGAGAGGAAAUUUUAGAGUUGGGCAUGGUGCCCCGCGAGGUGGCCGUUUACCAUAUUCUCGUGCUCCUCCACCUCGCAGGCCUCCGCCACGUCUUAUUCGGCCUGCUGUUAGCCGCUUACCAUCCAUCAGGAGUCAUCCGUUGAAGCGGCCCAUAGAUAUUAGAGAUAGGCGUCCUGCUAUGUCAAUGCCAGAUAGAGCUAGGCGUUUCCCUCCAGAGAGAUCUUAUGACAGGAGGCCCCCAGCUCCAGUUUACCUGAAGAGAAGUCCAAGGAGAGAAUACGGGAGGCGUGAUGAACUUCCUCCUCCAAGGAGCAGAGCUACAACUGAUUACAUUACCAGAGUUCCGGUUGAUAGACGUCCCUCUUUGAGGGAUGAUUAUUCACCCCGGGGAUCAGGUUAUUCAGACCUCGGUCCUCGUAGUGCUCCCCGUCUUUCUGAUAGGCGAGCUUAUGCUGAUGAUAGUUAUGGGGAGAAGUUUGACCGGCCUUUAGUGGCCUAUAGGGAGGGUCGCGGCCGUGAUUAUGACACCAUUUCUGGAUCAAAGCGUCCGUAUGCAGAUAUGGAUGAUGUGCCUCGGUACCAAGAAAUCGGUGUCCGUCAGUCUAAGGCACGUUUAGACUACGACAUUGGUGGCAGCAGUGCUCGGUAUGGAGAUACAUAUAGUGAGAGGUCUGGACGACCACAUGCGGGAUAUAGUAGCAGCCGAUCUAUCCCUGUUCAUGAUUCAGCAUAUGGCAGCAGCCGUCAUGGAAUGAGUUAUGGAGGUUCUGCUAGCAGUGCUGAUGCUGGUGGUAUGUACCCACCGAGUUACAGUGGUAGCUAUGGGUCUCGUGGAUCUGAUGUUGGUGGGAGUUCAUAUUCUUCACUUUACUCGGGUCGCAAUUUGGGUACCAGCAGUGGUGGCUACUAUGGAGGUAGCGGUUCCAGUUCAUAUUACUAAGAUUUGGCAUCAUAGGACUUUGGUGUAGGCCCUGCAUUUUAUGGAGCUCCUCGAUUUAAGCCACACAGAUCUGUAAAAGAAGUGCCAAGCACCCAAGUGAGGCAAUGUUUUCCAAUAAGACAUUUCAACGAAGCCAGACCAUCGAUUUGGUUCGAGCAGUAGUUCUGAGGACGUUCUGGCUUGUUUAUGUAAUGUAAGGAUUUGCUUUAUCUGGUCAAGAGUUCUGAACAUAACAACCAGAUAUGGUGUUUUAAGUGUUUCGACAUGUUUACUUCCAGUGUUUCUAUAACAUUAUUGAGACAGAUAUGGAGUGUACUUUGAGGUAGUUUCUGCAAUUCAAGUUAUUUGGGGAUUACAUCUUGUGAUGUGCCGGCAAAGGCCAGGCUUACAAAAGAAGUUUUGGAAUGAGUGCUUCUUGUAAGGCUGUUAGUUUCUGAAACCCUCCCUUCCCUUCUGUCUUCUAGAGGAUCAAUAAUCACCAAGACAGAAUGUUGAUUGGUCAGACUUAAAUUCUGGACUUCUAUGUUGCAUUCCGGGUACAAAUGGUUUAAUGGGUUGCCAAAUUUUGAGAGAAACUGCUUGUGUCAAAAAAUUUCCCAAGCAGUUACUUUGGUUUCUCCAAAGUUUAAGAUAACAGAACUUGAAGCAAAAGGACAUUUGAAACAUUGAGUAUAGCCUUGCAAUACUAUGACUAUAUAGAGCACAAGGCAUCAUGUAAAUCUAACAAGCAGUGCCAGUAUUUUACAGAAGGGUAGGCCUAGUGCAGUGGUGAGAGGCUGAGAGCUGACUCACUGAGUUACCAGGUUGCGGGUUUGAAACAGCCUCUCCGCAUUUGCAGGGGAAGGCUUGCCUUGGCUCAUCCUUUUUCUAGACCCCAUUCAAGUUCGGUUUAUCCUUUCCCCAGGCCCCACUCAUGUGCGAGCCUUCGACACUGGGUCUGGCCUUUAGUGCUAGUAUUGAACACCACCCUGGUUUGAUACUUUGAUCACCCACUAUUUACGAUUUUUUUGGAGUGUUUUGUGGAGUAUGGAUUACUAACAAUUUUGAGCUUAAUGGGCAUUGGAUGAUUGCAAGCUUUCAAGAAUCUUGCUGGAGGUGUAACACACUAACUGAUCAAGCUACAGAAAAAAGUAUGAUUUGUCUGACACCAUUAACUUCUAACCAUAAUUUCACAACAUAGUUUGGGACCAAACCUUUAGCUCAAUAUUGUCACACUUAGCCACUUAGGCUUUAAAGCCACCAUAUGUGUGAUAUAUCUUAUCAGUCUAGUAUAUGAUACCAUGCUUGUUUGUGUGGAUAAUUUUUACUAAAUGAUAACUUGGCCAAGAAUUUACCUUUAUAUAAAAAAAAACUCGGCCGGGGAGGGAAAAGACCACCCUCCCGGUAUUCCAUAUAAGAAGAGACCGAAACAAUGGUCCCGGCCGAGAAAAUCCCCGAACCCUGGCCCCUCAUCACUAACGGGCCGACGUCAACUGUCCACUCUGCAACGGCCCAACCGGAGGGUGGCGCACAAGACAUCGUAUCCCGAGAGCGGAUGGGGCACAGCGAGGGGUUUUUUUUUUAACCAAGCCUGAAAAUUCGCUCCCGAUAGGAAUCGAGCCCAGGACUUGGAGUUGCUACUCGGAAGUCCUCAACCUCUAGGCUAGAGGCCCUUUCGCAAUUUACCUUUAUAUAAGUUGAAGAAACAGGGUGUGCUGUGUUGCUGUGGUUUGACAGUGACUAAUUCUGUAUGGUGACCUGCAAAGUAGCUGAAAGAUGACUAGUAAUAUCAAUGCCCAGCUAUGCAGGCCGCAGAGAGCUUAAAUGCAAGCUUAACUUAUAACUGCUGGUGUCAUCUUUUGAGUUUUAGCAAGGAAAACUCAUGCACUAACUUUGGAUUUACUUGAGCUAGGGAUAAUAACACUAUUGGAUCCUGAGUUCAGACUGAGAGACAGUUUUGUCCUUGAAAUUGUUUUUUGGAGAUAACCUAGUGAUGCCACUGAGUAGGAUGAAGGAUCAAUAUGUAGUUUCAUGAAGAGAGGCUGCUCUGAGAUGUCUUGCAGUAUGCAGAAACACAUUUUGUGUGCUUAUUAAUGUACUUGAGGGCCAUUAUUUGUUACUUAUGUGUUAUAAUAAUUAUUGGAGUAGGACUUCAUGAGGGAAAUUGAUGAUGGUAUUAGAUCUAGUAGAACUGUUGAUUGCCAAUUGUGCACAGAAGUAAUGCUAUAUGCAAUGACACCAAUGAGUUUGGUUACUGGGAGCCAGUAUAUGUGGGAAUCAGCACCUGGUGGUGCCCAUUUGAAAAAACAAGUUGAAGGGGAUUAUUUUUCUUUUGCGUGGCAACGAUGAUAGAUCUGAAAGCAGAAAUAAUUUCUUGAAAAACAGUAGCCAUAGAAUUAAGUACAAGAAUGCUCUAUUCAAAUUCUGAGUUGAAGGCUGUUGAAUUUUUCUCCCCAGUUGCUGGAGCAAACUCAAGGAUCUAGCACAUUUAAGUUUAACUAUCUAGUCAAGUAUUCAACAUAAAGAUACUUCAGAAUCACAGUAAGCUGACAAAUACAUCUUGUUUCGGAACUGUAAGGCUGCACCAUUAGUCCAUAUCAAUGUGAUCAUCAUUAGUGCAUGAUUUCCAUUUUUUGGUCUUUUAUUCAUAUGUUUUUAGUAAUGUUAUUAUCAAAGCAGUCGUUGAUCCUUACCUUUUGUAUCCUCCCUAACAUGAUAGCGUUGCUGUUUUGAUGCUGUUACUUGGUUUUCAUGCUAACAUGGCUUCAAUACUAUCGUUGUUUUUGAGCACUUUGAGAAUUGUAGCCACCAGCAUGCCUCUCCAAAGACGUGCAUGGAGAUUCAAACCGGUAUCUUGCUUGCUGUCAAAAGCAACCAGAUUUGUGAACUCGUCAUGUGUGAAUUGUGAUGUUGUAUUGCUCUCUAGUUUACCAAUUUGAGCUUGUAAAGAACACUGUAGGGAUGAAAGGAACCAAAUGUACAAAAACAGAGUAUGCUGACGUUUGUCACGCGCGUCUGAAUCUGUUCCCCGUUUGAGCUUGUAAAGCACACUGCAGGCGUGGAAGUGCUUAUAUGGAAUAUCAUAUGGAGACGUUAGUCA